GUACCUUAAUGGACAUACGUCUUACUGAAUGUAUCAGCGCAGUACCAACAACUAAGUGAAUAAUGGCACAUUAAGAAGACAAUCCUUUAAUUACCAUCAAAAUCUGCGUAUAAAGUACACUGAAGAUUAUGCUGAUGCCCGGCAGUAAAUGACACGAUUGGACAAUUUGGGUUCCAUGAUGGUGGCCUCGUUGCCUGGGUGAUAAGAUUAGUGAGGCUGGGUAUAAGGAAAGCUGUGCGCUACGAAGAGUUAUCUUGCUGUGAGACGCACACGAAGACAGGAUGGUGCUGAAGGCUGUGGUGACGUGCGUGAUGGUGCUCAGUGUGGUGACUCUAGCCUUCACAAUUUCGGAGUCAAAGGACUACAUACCCCAGCCUCGAGCAUGGCCUUGCCCUAACAGUACAGAUAUCUUGCCCUGCACCUGCACAUCUACUCAAGAAACGGAUCUUAAAAUUGAUUGCUCGCUGGUAAAGAGUAACGACGAGUUAGCGAGGGUCUUCCAGUCUGUGUUUCCUUUCAGCGAAUUCUUGGAGCUAAAUAUAGAACAGAAUCCCAAUGAUCCGGCCUAUAACUUGAAUGCUAUCGAGCCAAAUGUAUUCAACGGACUAUCCUUCGAAAGAAUUAUCAUCAGAGGAACUAAGUUGACAGCAGUGGAGGAACAAGCCUUCACAGACUCCUACAAUUACCUCAACUAUCUCAACCUCGCAAACAAUCAGUUAAAUAGAUUCCCCUUCGAGACACUGUCGAAUUAUAUUAGGCUCUCCAGCCUAGUGCUGGAUGACAACGAAUUGUCGGAACUUCCAUCUAUCACCUCGAGUUCCCUGCAGUCUAUCAGCGUCAGUGGAAACCCACAUAUGAAGUUUGACUCUCCUACUCUUUUCGAAGGCGCCCCUCUAUUAAGCAGAAUUUCCCUGGCAAGAAACAACAUUAUCAAUUCCACCGUGGGCUUACUGGUACCUCUAAAUUACUCGGCGAUUAUCGAUCUGUCGGGAAACGAGUUAACAUUUAUUGAUGAGAAUACCUUCAAGCCUCCUGGUGAUACACUUCUACAGAUCAUUCUCGACCACAAUAAAAUCAAGGACAUUCGCCACGACGCAGUUCACGGUCUGAUGAAGACCGCUCACUUCUCCAUGACUGGCAACCAGAUGACCUCAAUCAGCAAGGACGUGUGGAAGACAAUCUUUGACCAGCUGCCUAAUGGGGCUGUCGACCUCUCAGAUAACCCACUGCUCUGCGGCUGUGAUAUGGCUUGGCUGUUCAUUGAGGAAGGCAAUACCUAUCUUAACCUUCUCACCGACACUACUAAAUGCUACGAUGGUACGCAAGUGCGUUACCUGGACCCGCAGUACUUCACGGUGCAGUGUACUUAAUGUAUGAGAGGGACUCCCAGAGCACUCCCUAGCAACACUAUCUUAAUGUAACUUGAAACACUCCCUAGCAACACUAUCUUAAUGUAACUUGAAACACUCCCUAGCAACACUAUCUUAAUGUAACUUGAAACACUCCCUAGCAACACUAUCUUAAUGUAACUUGAAACACUCCCUAGCAACACUAUCUUAAUGUAACUUGAAACAUUCCCUAGCAACACUGUCUUAAUGUAACUUGAAACAUUCCCUAGCAACACUAUCUUAAUGUAACUUGAAACAUUCCCUAGCAACACUAUCUUAAUGUAACUUGAAACACUCCCUAGCAACACUAUCUUAAUGUAACUUGAAACAUUCCCUAGCAACACUAUCUUAAUGUAACUUGAAACAUUCCCUAGCAACACUAUCUUAAUGUAACUUAAAACACUCCCUAGCAACACUAUCUUAAUGUAACUUGAAACACUCCCUAGCAACACUAUCUUAAUGUAACUUAAAACAUUCCCUAGCAACACUAUCUUAAUGUAACUUAAAACAUUCCCUAGCAACACUAUCUUAAUGUAACUUGAAACAUUCCCUAGCAACACUAUCUUAAUGUAACUUGAAACAUUCCCUAGCAACACUAUCUUAAUGUAACUUAAAACAUUCCCUAGCAACACUAUCUUAAUGUAACUUAAAACAUUCCCUAGCAACACUAUCUUAAUGUAACUUGAAACAUUCCCUAGCAACACUAUCUUAAUGUAACUUAAAACAUUCCCUAGCAACACUAUCUUAAUGUAACUUAAAACAUUCCCUAGCAACACUAUCUUAAUGUAACUUAAAACAUUCCCUAGCAACACUAUCUUAAUGUAACUUGAAACAUUCCCUAGCAACACUAUCUUAAUGUAACUUGAAACAUUCCCUAGCAACACUAUCUUACACUGCAUUCCCAAUAAAUCUUCUAAAUUUAUACUUAAUUACUACAUUACAUUAAAUGUUUGUCUUCAUA